AUGCGUGCGUUUCUCGUGAAAUUAGACUAUGGUCUCCGAGACCUUGCCUACAUGGAAUUGGAACGACGUGCUGCGACAGACGCCGGGUUGAGAAGGUGCGACACGAAUCCGAGUCGAAUGACGAUUUCGUGUUAUUUUGAAAAGUUCGGAUACGCGUGUACUACUGAGGGGACGCAGGUUCGUCUACAUGUUCAUAAAGAAGAGAACGGGAUGAAAGUUGGAGCGGUUUGUUCAAAGCAAGCCAAUUUGUGGAUGAUUUUCUCCAUCGUUCAGGACGACGCGAGCGGAGAUUUCGUAUUAACUGUAGUUGAAACAAUCACGCACCGCUUCGGUUUGUAUCUACACCUGAAUAAUGACCUUUUGCCGUCUUUUAAGCAGAGAUCCGAGUGUACUUUGAGACACGGAGACAUCAUUGAGGGGUUCUUCUCCAAACUUCCUUCUUUCAGGAUCAUGUUCCUCCUCAGUGAUGACAGUCACGUCGUGGAGCCACAGACGUCGCUCCUUUUAUCAUGUCCUACGCUGGUUCUCAGGAAUAUCAUGAAAUGUCUGACACCAUUUCAAGUUAUGCAAGGCGUUGUUCCAGUGCUCGAAGUCCUGAGUUUGAAUACGAACGAAGAUGCAUGGGUUAAAUUUCUCACGAGAAGAGGCAAGACGCUCACGAACCUGGAGAUGCUGUCAGUGGAAACCGUCACUCUUGGGAACUCUCUAUUGAAAGCUUCCGAAUCUGGACACGUCUUGUUUCCCAAAUGUCGGGUAGUGAGUUUACGGUGUUCCUUGGAGAAAAUGUAUUCAGCAAAUAUGGGACAGACUUUUCCGAGGAUGGAGAAACUGUAUCUCAAUCAUGCUAUUCUACCUGGCGUGGAAUAUUUAGUGUCCAAUUUUUCAUUCCACCCGGAUCCGUUUUUGCUGGAGUUCCCUGACUUUGUGGGUCCAGGUGUUCUGUCAAGUCUUCAUACCUAUCAGUUGCCGGUGAAAUUGGAUGCAGCAGGCUGGAAACUUGCUCAGAGAAUGGGAAUUUUGGCAAACCUUGAAUCCCUGAGCAUGAAUGGAAGGAUCUUCAACAAUUUGCCGCCGGUUGACGAGAGAAUAAUUUUUUUCCCGAAGUUGAAAUCGCUGUGGCUGGAAGAUGCAUCGCCAAUUGACGCAGUUUGUCAUUUACCAUUGAUGCCAUCAUUGGAACACCUUUGGAUCAGGAAUGUCGACGAACAAGCAUCUGUCGUACCUACACAGCAAGUUCUAAAUUCACUGCAGAUCUUCAGUGAAAGUUCAAAGGAGUGGCUUGCAAAUCUGAAAUUCGUGUCAGCUGACCUGUGGGAAACAUACAUUCCAUAUUCAAAAAUGAUGAAUUUGGAAUGUGUAGCGCUCUUUUUCCAACACAAAGCUGUCCCUAGAAACCCCGAAAGCGCCUUCAAAGAACUGAGUUUCUGCUCGAAACUUAGAGGGUUGAUCCUGAGUGUACCGGAAGAUCUUCCUUUGGAUACUCUUGGUCAAUUGUCACAGCCAUUCGAGUUCCUUGCAUUUCCAGGAACCACAGCCGAUAGAGCAUUGUCUGUGUUCCGUCAUCUCAGCCACUGUAAGAAUUCUCUGGAGGAUCUCUGGAUUCAAGUGCGUAACCCAAAGGAAAUAAAGAGAAUUCUCCGCACCGUGAAGGCGUUCAAGCGACUCAAGAAUGUCGUUUUCCUGUCGAACCGUUUGUCAAGAACUGACGAAGCGCUUCUUCGAGAAACAAUGCGGAAAUGCCUUGGGACUCGGUCGUUUUUGAAUCAAGUUACUAUCUUUGGCGAAACUUUGAUGCAUGAGCAAAGGGACUCGCUGUUCUCAUCUGCCUUCAUCACAAGGUUUUACAAAGAUUGGUUGAAGCAUGUGCCUGACGAGUUGGUGCAGGGCGAGCUUACCGUAUUUGAGGCGAUUUCAGUUAUUUUGAAUACGGUUGAUGAACGGUAA